AUGCCGCUCCGACGCGCAAAGCAGGCUUGUGUCCACUGCCACCGCCGCCGCAUCCGCUGCGAUGUGCUGCAGCAGCACCCGUGCUCCAACUGCGUCGCCCAGGAAGUCGCCUGUGAGCUCGGUGUCUCGCGCCGGGGGAAAUACCCGCGGAGGAAAGCCAAGUCGCAGCAGAUAGCUCCAGCUCCAGCACCAGGCCCAGGAUCAGCGUCCGGCCCAUCCCCCCAAGAGCCUGACAUGUCCCCAGACACAAACCCAAACCCUAUACAACCCCACCAUGACAGACACAAAAUCACCGACCCAACCGUCUUCCUCGGCGAGUCCAGCCCCCUCACAACAGUCAUGGACCCGCGCCACCCACGACUGCACUACCCCCUGCCCCCCCGCCUGCUCCCAGCAAGCACCCGCGACGAAGCCGUCCGCCUGCACCAGGUCCAACAAGCCGCCCACCUUGAAUCAAACGGCGCCCUCUCCUUCCCCCCAGAGGCCACCGUCAACGCCUUGUUAAAGGCCUACUUCACCUGGUUCCACCCGUGCUUCCCCAUCGUAGACCGCGUCGCGAUAUGCCGCGCAAAAGCACAGACCGGCCUAAAUGGUAUCCCGCCCCUCCUCCUGCAAGCGAUGCUCUUCAUCGGCGUCUCGCUGUGCGACGACGAGACAUUUGCCCGAACGGAGUUUCCGGUGCGGUACCGCGCGAAAUUCCUCUUCUAUUCUCGCGCAAGGGCGAUCUAUGAUGCGGACGCCGAAGCCAAUCCCAUUGUGAAACUCCAGGCGCUGUUCAUGUUGAGUUCGUGGCGGGGUGGGCCUGGUGAGGAGCGCGAUGUGAGGUUUUGGUUGAGUAUUGCGGUUUCUCUUGCGCAGAAGCGCGGGAUGCAUAUGAUGUCGAAAUUCGCACACCCGCCCAAGGAAAGACGGUUGUGUAAGAGGAUUUGGUGGGCUUUAUACACGCGCGACCAGCAAAGCGCCGCAGCACUGGGUCUCCCGCCUCGAAUCCGCGAUGAGGAUGGCGAUGUGGCCAUGCUGGAGCCUGAUGAUGUACUUGAGGAUGAAAGCGUCGAUGACGAUGUAUUUGGGCACCAGAGGCCGCAGGAUCUAGUGUACCCGGUUGAGAUGGCCAAGUUGGCGAGAUUGCUGCGGACGGUUGUCUCAACGCAGUACCUCCACCACCAGAAACCAGAUCUCGCGACUAGGAACACCCUGAAUGAACAGCUUUGUCUGUGGGAGUCCGAGCUCCCUGUUGAGUUGCGCUGGGGCAGUGUCUUUAUUGACCCGGUGUCGUUGUUCCUGAAGGGGUUGCUUCAUAUGACAUACCAAAACCUCUAUAUCCUCCUCUACCGCCGCGUCUUCCUAAAUCCCACCCCUCACGACGACGGCCAGAUCGCCCUCGAUGCUGCGACGAAGAGCACCCGCAUCAUGGAGGACUUGCUCUCCGCGCAUCUAAUCCAGCAUGCGCCGACUCAUCUAAUAACCCACUCCUUCACAACCCUCUGCAUCCACACAAUCCACCACCGCCGCUCGUCCGGAACAACACGCACCCUAGCCGAACACCGCGCGCGACUCUGUCUGCUCAGUCUCGAGGAACUGCAGAAAUCGUGGGAUCUGGAGAACUGGGUCCUCCAUCUGUUCUUCAAAGGGCUGGAUGAUCGGACCGCUGAGGUGUUGGGAUUAACUCAGGGAGAGCACGGAGGUACGGGUGUUGGAGAUGGAGUGGGAGUUGGGGGUGGGGCUGCAGUUGGGAGUGUAAGUCAGCAUGGUUUAGUGCAGGGUCAUGAUACUACUCUUCCAGGGACUGGUGAUAAUGAUGGCCCCACGACUGGUUCUUCUGCUGGUGCGGAGACGUUGAUGCCGCCGGUUCCGCAGCCGGAUGACUGGUAUGGAUGGGUGCCGUGGGAGGACGAGGCGGAUGCGCUGAAUUUGCAGAAUUUGGAGUUCUUGUAUCGGUUUUUGUAG